AUGCUCAUAGUCAGAAACAACGCAGGAUUCGGUGCGAGCAGUAUGAGCAGCUUGAGCGGCAUGAGCAGCAUGAGCGGCACUGAAGAUGCUGAUGACAACCUUGGCAACAUUGACUUCGGAGGCGGCGGAGGCGGCGGCGGAGGUGGAUCGCCUCCACCGCCAGCACCACGACCAAACGCCAUCACCCCUAGACCACAGCCUGUUGGCCCGCCACCUGUCACGCCACCUGUAGGGCCUCCUGUACGACCUUCUGCAGUGCCUUCUGUACAGCCCCCUGUUCAGCCAACUGUUGAGCCCCCUGCUGAACCACCUGUUGGGCCACCUGUUGGACCACCGCCUCCACCGCCUCCACCGCCUCCACCGCCUCCGCCGCCUCCGCCACCUCCACCGCCUCCGCCAACUCAACCACCGCCUCCACCGCCUCCACCGCCUCCACCAAAGUUCUCUGUCAGUGAGCUCGUCUGCACGAUCGGCACGUAUGCCGUCGUGACAUCAAUGCUGCCCCCGGACGGCCUGUGCGACUACAUGUACUUCUGCCACCUGGUCGUGUCCAACGGCCAACUGUACGGUGACCGCAUAGACGUCAGCUGGAAAAUGUUCAAGACGGAAAUGAUGCAACGCGACACGACAGGCGCCGGCAUUGGGUUCGACAGCCGGUACGUGGCAACGAUUGACCUGAGCGAUGAUACGCUGCGCAAGCACCUUGACACUCUGGCCACGAAAAACAAAAUCAUGCACUACGGUUUUCUGAACCUGAUUGUCCGGUCCAACGAUGCAGUGAGCCGGACAAAGGAUACGCUCAACGCGCUUAAGAUUCUGAAGCAAAUACAAGGCGGCGACAAGACGAGGAAGACGAUCGUAGGCAUCGGAAUGAGUAGAAACGCGGAUACGGUGAUAGCGCUGAGUUCCACGGGUUGGUUCGAGAGCCUCGGAACCUGCUACACAGCGCCGCCCUCCGCGAUCAACACCGGCUCGUUUCCCGAACCGCAGAAAAGCUUAGCCGAGAAGUUUCCGGACCUGGAACUGAUAUAG